AGGUACUUGACUUCGUAACCUUAUUAUUAUUAUUAUUAGGUGAUCAACGUCACUCACCACCGCCAUCACCACCAUCAAUCAUCAUCAAUACAUCCUUUCCCUUCACUUCACUUCAACAACCUACACUCGCAUCGUCUGUACUUCGUUACUUGCACUUUUUUAUCAUCGAAAUCAAUAUUUUGUAUCACCUUGACUUUACCAACAACUAGAUUGUGCGCCAGACCCAUCAUGUUCGAUACAUUCGCAAGGCUCUUAUCUUCUGUCCCUACCUUUCUUUUCCCAGUUUUCGCAUCUUACAAAGCUCUCAAGACGUCUGAUCCGGCAUUAUUAACACCUUGGCUUAUGUAUUGGGUGGUACUUGCGAUCGCUUUGUUCGCUGAAUCUUGGGUUGGAUUUAUACUAGUUUGGAUACCUUUUUAUUCCUGGUUUCGGCUCGGUUUCCUUCUCUACCUUAUCCUCCCUCAAACCCAAGGUGCAAGAGUCCUCUAUCAAACACAUGUUCACCCAUGGCUUCACAAUAAUGAGCUCGCCAUCGAUGAUUUCAUAGCUUCUGCUCAUGAACGCGCGAAAGCCGCUGGUAUGACAUAUCUCAAACAAGCUAUAGAAUUGAUUAGGCAGCAGGUCUUUGGUCUUCCACCCAAAGAACCCACACCACCAUCAACACCUUCAACCUAUUCAUAUACACAAAGCCUCAUGGCACGCUUCAAUCUGCCAUCUGCUAGAUCUUCGUUCCCACUAAAUCCUGUCGGAGGUGCUGCUAGCAGUGCGACAGACUUUUAUUCGCUCCUUGCUUCAGCAGUUUCCGCUGCUACUUCCUCAAACGCUGCUACCGGUGGAUCGGAUACUCGAGAUCUUUCAAACAGUGGCAUGUUGAUACCUCCUCAUGUAUCUGGGAGUGAACGUAUGACUUUUAUCCAAGCACAGCGCGAACGCCUUUCAAUCCUUCUUUCGGCGUUGGACAAAGAGGCACAAACACUACAAAAUGAAAAACGUGUCCCUAGAAAUAUUUCUAGUAUGUCAUUUGAUGGCACUAGCAGCGAAGAUGAUAACCUCGAUCGACCAAAGAGCUCCAUGAGCGGAAUGACCUCGAGAAAGAGUGAGCCUGAUUUUGAAAAAAUCGAUGCAGAUAGUGGGACGGAAGAAGUCGGUAAAGCAAGAAAAAUGAUGGAGAGGACGACAUCCAGUGGGAAUUGGAUGCCAUGGGCGUGGGGAGCGAAACCAGGAGACCCAACUGACAAAAUUUCCGAAGAUAAAGGUAAAAGCUCAGGUAUUGAUGCAUAACUAGUCCAGUGACUCGGUAUCCGGUGUUUUUAAACAUAAAUUUGAAGGGUUGUUUCAAUAGGUUUGAAGCAUUGGGGUAGACGCAUAUUCCUUGGAUUGGAUUGGGAUAACAGGAGAAUAGGAGCAGUGGGUAUCGUCUUUCCAAAUUGGCGCUGAUAUGAAUAAAGGGAUGGUACAGAUUGGCAAUCGCAAGCUUUUUGAUACUUUUAUAAAUCCAAGUUGAUGAGAGUUAUUCCUCGCGACAUACAAAUCUUUAUGAUCAAUGAAGCCUAUUCUGAGGCUUUCCCCCCCCUAGAGAUAGCUAUAUUGCUGGGUCCUGAUGCAACAUUUUUUUUGGGUGAAUCACUGUUCAGGAUGGAAUCUACGUAUGAAAUCUAAGUUCCUCACUUGGAGCCAACCAUCAACACUUUUGCCCCUCCCCCCCAAAAGAAAAACGGAUUAGCGAAUAUAGAAUUGUAAUCGAGCGAUGAAGUGGACUUCUCAUGCUCG